AUGUUGACGAUUAAAAUUCUUAUUACUCUUUUGUUGUGCCAACAUGUUCCAGCUAAUCUAGUUAUAAAUAAUUACAAGCAACUUAUUAAACCAUUAGUAUCUUUAAACGAUUGUUUGGUAACAAUAAUCAAAAGAAGUUUGAAAAAGGACUAUAUAACAAUAUCUUUACCCGAAUUUGGUAAUAACAUAACUGACCUAUUUCCUUUUAUUUAUCCUCAGUUUAUUCAAAAAGGAAAACGAGAAGUUAUGAUAAAAACCAAACAUCUGCAAUAUCAUUCUUUCAAAAAUUAUGCAGAUAUAAGCGAAACAGCAAUAAAUUUUGUUAUUUUUUUAAACAACCACGACGAAGAUGAUAUAAACAUAGACGUAAGAACUUGGAAUCACGACAAGGCUAAAUUUUUAAUAGUCACCCAAGAGAUUUUAGAACCAAAUUCAAUUAGGAUCAGAGAAAUAUUUAUCAAUUUGUCUAAGAAAAAGAUUAUAAACCCACUACUGUUAGCAAGGAAAUGCGAAUUGUCCAGCAGUUGGGAAUUGUACAAAUGGAACCCGUCUACAGAAGUUUGCAACGAACUUUCAGGAGAAGUGAUACAUUUAAAACCAUGUUUAUUUGGUAACGCCACUAAAAAAAUACACAUUAAAAGAGGUAUGGACUUAAAGUAUCAAAAUUGUACUAUCCGGGCAGGGUAUUUUGCUGCUCCGCCGUAUACGGCGGCGAAGACUGUCUCAAGUAACUAUGUAAACUAUGGUAUCGAAAUGGACAUACUCCACAUCGUAGCCAAGAAGUUAAACUACAAUGUGAUUUAUUAUAAAUGCGAUAUUAUGGGCGAAAUGAUCGACGAUCAUUCCGGAAAUGGAAACUUUGACAAAUUGCUUAAUUUUGAGGUAGAUAUUAUUCUUGGAGGCUACACAAAAACGGUGGUGAGAUACCGAUCAUUCGAUUAUACAAUGUACUACAUAGCUGAUUCACUCACUUGUUGUGUUCCUUUCUAUCCUGUAGUACGCAUUCAUUCCGUGGAUAUAACACGAAUAUUUGGAGGGGUCACAAUUUUAAUAUCAAUUAUAUUAGCAUUUUCACUUUUUGCAGUGAUACUAUACAUAAGUAAUGUCAUCUUAAGAAAUAGCAGACACUUCAUAAGCCCAACAAAAGUUAUUGCUACAAUUUUUAAAGUAACCAUAACCAUAGCAUCUAUAAACAGCAUACCAUUAACUUUCAGUGGACAUUUUGCGAUGAUGUUAACUAUAUUUCAAUCAUUCUAUUUAACUCAAAUGUUUACUAUAUUUAUAACGAGAAGUUUAUUGUUUAAAAUUUUCGAUCAGAAAUAUUCGAGCUUUGAGGCUAUUUUGGAAAAUAAUUUGACCACAUAUUACAGCAGAAACUCAAUAAGAUCAUUUAAUGACUCAGAGUCUGAAAUAAGACGACAGUAUUGGAUAAACUGUGAUGAUUCUCGAAUUUGCUUGCGUGAAGUGGCGUUCAACAGAACCGCCGUCCUUUACAGUUCCCAAAUAGUUACGCAAUAUGUGGCUACAAAUUUUUUUUCAGCUGAUAAUGAUCCGUUAGUUCAUUGCUAUGAUAAUUAUGUUACCAUGUUGCCGACCAUGUACAUGCAAAAGGGUAGUAUUUUAUUUAAAACUGUCAAUGACGUUAUUUUCCGCAUCACCGAAGGAGGCUUUAUUUAUAAGUGGUUAAAGGAUAUGAGCUGGUAUAAGCGUGUAAUGGCGAAGGAGGUUCUUGACAUUAGUUUUCAAACUGCUAGAGAAACUAAAAUAAGCUACCGACAUUUAAUACCCGUUUUCAAAAUUUUACUCAUUUCGUAUGGUAUAUCCACAAUUAUAUUUAUUGGAGAAAUUGCUACGAAGCACUUUAAAAGGCCUUUUCUUUUUUUCUAUAGGCGUCAUCAUUGUAAACCAGUAACAUUCUAUAACUAG